AUGCAAAGCGACGGUCAGCAAGAUGCCAUUGCCAGCGGCAGGCGAAUUUAUCUCGGCAACUUGCUUUACUCGGUCAAGCCCAAUGAUGUUGAGGAGUUGUUAGCAAACAACGGAUUUGGAAACUUCGACAAAGUACACAUCUCGAUCGAUCCUGCCUCUUCCCGCAACCCUGGAUACUGCUUCGUGGACUUCUUGGACAAGGAGACGGCCGAUCGUGCCCUUGAGACACUCGACGCAAACAUUGGCGGUCGUCCCUUGAAGGUUGGUCCCUGCGAGCCGAAGAAGCCACGGGCCAUCCGCUGGGGACGCGACGAAAACUCUACAUCGUCUCCUUCCUUCCAGCGCUGGGGCGACUGGAACUCCAACAAAGAUGCCAAUGAGCCCACUGGCACCGAUGGGCCCAGAGCUGCUUUGAAGCAUUUCGACGAAAUCUCCCAGAGCGACGGUCGACGAUUAUAUGUUGGAGGUCUUCCGAAGAUGAUUGACCAGGAGCAAAACCAGGCAGAGCUCCAGCAAAUCUUCGAGGGCUUUAACCCUGCUGUCAUCAGCAAGCGCAUCACUCCUCACGAGAGCACCAGAUCAAAGCCUGGCAACCACCACUACUGCUUCGUUGACUUCAACACCAAGGAGGAAGCUGAGGAAGCCAGAUUGAAGCUUCACGGUAUCGAAUACAACGGGGAUCUCCUCAAGGUCCGAACCGCCGGCCCUCCUCCCGAUAAGACUCGUAGCAACAGACCUGAUAACCGAUAUGAGCGCCGUGGCCACGAUGGCGAAUCUCCCCGCCAAAACCGCAACAGCGAGAGGACAUCAGAGCCCAGCCGAGGAUUCGCCUCGCGAGACUGGCGUAGAAAAGAUGAAUAA